AUGAUUCCAAAUACCAUCUUGAGAUUAUAGAUAAGUGGAUAUUAUGGUCAUUGUGAGGAUUAAAUCCUUCAAUUUAAAAGUGCUUCCUAAAUUUAGAAUUUCCCUGUUAGAAAUAACUUCUUACAUAUAGCAUGA